AAGAAUGAGAGCAGUGCGUUGCUGCUUGCAUUCAUCUCUCAGUCCUGCUCCUUCACACGACGCAUGUUCUCUGCUCUCCGUGCAACUUUUUUCUAACAAGAUGUUCUCCUACAGGCGAGACGAUCUUCCACUCCAGCAGUGGAGGUGCUGGCGUGUAGAUGAAGUCCACGUCCAGUGAGGUCCAAGACUAUGGGCGCUGUGGGCGAGCAGUCCAUGACGGGCCGCACCAUGAUCCCCACCAUCCCGUCCAUCAUGUUCAUAUUCGGGGUGGUGGGCAACGUCAUCGCCAUCGUGGUGCUGUGCAAGUCCCGCAAGGAGCAGAAGGAGACCACCUUCUACACGCUGGUGUGCGGCCUGGCCGUCACCGACCUGCUGGGCACCCUGCUGGCCAGCCCGGUCACCAUCGCCACCUACGUGAAGGGCUCCUGGCCCGCAGGGGAGCCUCUGUGCCAGUAUUUCGGCUUCACCAUGAUCUUCUUCUCCCUGGCCGGCCUCAGCAUCAUCUGCGCCAUGUCCGUGGAGAGAUACAUCGCCAUCAACCAUGCCUAUUUCUACAACGACUACGUGGACCAGAGGCUGGCCGGGCUGACGCUGCUCGCCAUCUACGUGUCCAACGCGCUCUUCUGCGCGCUGCCCGUGGUCGGCUUCGGCAGAGUCCAGAAGCAGUACCCGCAGACCUGGUGCUUCCUGGAGUGGCGGAGCAACACGACGAGCGACGCGGCGUUCAACUUCAUGUACGCCGGAUUCAGCUCGGUGCUCAUACUGGCCACGGUGCUGUGCAACGUGCUGGUGUGCGGCGCGCUCAUACGCAUGCACCGGCGCUACGUGCGCAGGACGUCGCUGGGAACGGACCUUGGACGCGACGUGGAUCCGCGCAAGAGGGGGCGCAGCUUCCGCCGUCUGGCCGGGGCUGAGAUCCAGAUGGUCAUCCUGCUCAUAGGAACCUCGUUGGUGGUGCUCAUCUGCUCCAUUCCACUGGUGGUAUAG